GGAGCGAAGCAGAGCUCGUUCGUUCCAGGCCUCGUCGAGAGAAAGAGAUUCUUCUCGUGUCUCCCCAUCAGUUUGACUCCGAUCGAGGUGGGGAUACCACGCGACCGACGACGCACACGCGUGUGUGCAGCGCAUCGCAUCGCCAUUGUUCGCUCGAGGGUAUUAUGUCAGGCAUCGCAGACGAGGUUGCGCGUGUCGAGGAGAUGAGACUCGGUCGAGCGAAUCGCCCGUUACAUUGCUAGAAUACGUUGUUCGUUGUUGAGCGACGAGAGGAAGACGGGAACGGAGACGAUGCCCGGCGACAACGUGCCUGGCUCGACGUCGACGAGAUGAUCCUCUAUUUCGGAGGCAAAACACGAGCGGAAUUUUCCUCGGAGCAAUAGACGACGCCUAACUUUCGGCGCGCGCGAAACUUCAACGUGCAAGAUGUCUUGGCUCGGUUGGUCGGCGGACAUCAAGAAGAGGGCCUGCAAAUACCUGCUGCAACGUUACCUCGGUCAUUUCCUUCACGAUCUGUCGCUCGAUCAACUGACCGUCGAUCUUUACAAUGGCAAGGGUCAGGUCGACAAUGUCUAUCUCAAUGUGCAGGGCCUCAACGAAAUGGGAGAGCAACAACAUGUUCCACUGGAAUUCGUUGAUGGUUUUAUAUUGGAAAUAUCUCUUAGUAUACCAUGGUCGGCGUUACUUAGCCAAGCGAGUUAUAUGGAAGUAAAAGGUCUCAGAUUUACGGUGCAACCGCGACAAAGAGUUGAGACCGGGACAUCAAUGUUUGAAUCCAUGUGGAGCUCCAUGACGUCCAGUAUGCAACUAGCACAGGAAUGUUUGCAGCAAGAGGCAACCAAUGCAGGAAAUGCUCAGCCUUUAGAAGCAGUAGAAUUGUUUGCGCAGACUAUAGAUUCAAUUUUAUCCAGGGUUAAAGUGAGAUUCAUCGAUACUGUGAUACGUUUGGAACACGUACCUUUGAAUUCUUCCACGGGAGUGGCGGUUGAAAUGUGGAUACAGAAUCUUGAAUAUUCAGAUGAAGCUGGAUUAGAUCCUAGUAGUACAUCUCUGGAUCUCGAUGAAUCUGCAAAGGGUUACGUCAUUUCGGCAUUCUCCACCAAGCGAUUCUACAUGGAAGGAGUGACUUUCCAUACUGACGAGUUUCCUUCUCAUGCGAGAACGUUUUCUAGAAGCCUAGUGGCAAGUACGUGCUCUACUCCCGAUUCUAAAAAUUCGGACAGUUUGUUUAUCUCCGCACAAAUGUCUCCUACUCAGAGCAUGCUGCACACUCCUCCAGAAGGAAAUGCUGUUAACAACUCGAAUGAAUUAAAUCCCAUUAUGUUUGCUAAGCUAGCGGGUAGACAAGAAAUAAGAUUAAAAAUGAAACAAGGGGAAGGAAUAUCGGGACCAAAAGUGGAACUAGAAAUUAUUCUGGGAUCACUUACCUUGUUCUUGAGUCCCAGGCAGUUGCACGUUUUGUUAGAAUUAGCGCAUGGCCUAGCAUCGCCGAAUCUAGAAGACAUGAGUAAUGUCGUUCCAAGAAGAUAUGCGGAGAAACCUAUGGCUAGCAGUGAUUUCACUCGCAUAGAACGUGAGCUUAUUCAUCAGACGUAUCCUAUGCAAGACUUCAAGACUACGGACUUACGAUAUGCUCAAGGAUGGUCUACAGGAUCCGUGGACGAGUCCGAUAACGAAGAUGAAUUUUUACCGAUGAAAUUGCCGGGUUCUACAUCGAUGUGUGAUUCGAUUGUCAGUAAUAGUUUCAGUAUGGAGGGCAGCAUAUCGACUAGUAGUAUCAGUUCGAAAAGCUCUGCGACAAACCUGCCAACGAGACAUAAUAGACAGAGACACAAUAUAGACAACGACACUUCCGCGGAGACUACUCAAUUCCAUAUAAGGGUGUCUUCUGUCGCUCUAGUUUUGUUGCACGAAGAUAUACUGACGCCGUGCGUGGAACAACUCGGUCUAACUUCUAGUAGCAUAAAACAAAUGAAGAGUGCCGCGAAGGAAUUUUUCAGACAAUUGGGAACAUUUGCAGUAGGCGGCUUUGGAAGUAAGGAUUUCGAUACAGCGUCAAAAUCUCUCACAGAUGCUUGUCGAUUAAGUCAUAUCAGAUUACUGGCUGCACCGCUAGUGGUUGAAGGCAGUGAAAAAACUACUAGUCAGUACUCUGCGAUAUCGGGAAGCUUGACUCUAGCUAGUCUGGAAAUUGUAGAGUGUUUGGUUGAUUCCAACAAUCCCAACUCGUACAGAGCAUCAACAGAGUUUGUCGAGUUAUUAGCGUUUACGAAGGAAAACGCGACUAAUAUUGGAUUUUCCAAUAAAAUCGAUUUUAAGAUGCGAUUUAAAUAUACGCAAAAGGCUGUCCGACAUGCUCAUAUGACAAAAUUUGCACAUCCACGCACAGAAAUCGAUAUUCAAAUGGAACCUUGCAGAGGCGAAGUAGACAUUACUAUUGUAGAUAGAAUAUCCGCUAUACUUAAUCCGCAGCCAAUAUGUACUUGCAAUCCUGUAAUAAAUACUAGGGAUGCUAAUCAGCAGACAUUAUUUGAUCAAGCUGUGGAUAGUGCAACACUGCCAGAUUCCAGAGUGGAUAUAAAAAUUUCUUCAUCGUCAUGUAUGAUAAAGCUGAGAUUUCCCGUCCCAGACUUGAGGCCAUUGCACGAUAUGAGUCGUGCACCAUGGUGGAAGAGAUCCGUGAGACCCGAUUACAUGAUAAUGCAAAUGACAGACGCUCAAGUUCAUUCCACUAUGGAUAGCCGAUCUCACUAUCUAGCCAGGCAUGAGUUGCAAUGUCGCCGGUUAAUGUUGUUGUAUAUUGAAACUGAGGGCGACACGCCGAUUGAGAUCGGUUUAGCCACGGCUGAUGAAAAGAACGAUGCUGCAUCAUGUCAGCAGGUCAGCGAUGGCCUUGGUUGGGCGAGAGUAGUGAUCAUUUUGUAUCCAGAACGUCUUGGUGCUCCAUUAGAAGAUAGUUCCGAGGAAGAACUCGAGAACGAUAAAAGAAUUUUAGACGAUACUUUGGAAAAAACCCCGAAACAUGCGCCUUCCCCGUUUACUUCUAGACGAAUCAUGCGCGAAUCUGAUACGCUUCACUCGAGAUCUCAUGAACAUGGUGGUGAAAAGAAUGAGCAAGGCGACGGUGAGGAAUUAAUUAUACCUGGCAGUCGACAAGAGAUGUUGGAAUUUAUAGAAGAAGGUAUACAUGGCUCUAGAUUGCAGUUGGAGAUCAAUCUACCUUGCGCUUCCGUCCAAAUACCGUCUAAACGCAUUUAUGAACAACUCUAUAAUCGAUUCAAUACCGAUCUAUUCCUAUGGGAGCCGUCAGCGCCCAGACCCAAAUAUACCACUCACAUGGAAAGUCAUAUCAGCCUCGACUUGGCAUCGACUCUAUUACAGGAAUCUGCUUAUCCUAGAUUCAGCAUGUGCAAAAGCGGGAUCCAAUAUAAUUCCGAUUCCGACUCGGAUGAGGAAGGUAUUUUCCAUUCUGCGACGAACGAGAAAAAUCGCAAGGAUCAUCAGCAGACACGAAUGUCGAAGAAAGCUCAAAGCAAACUCGCAAUGACUCUGAGCAUCAAUCAGGGUCUGCUAUCUAUGUACACUCCCGUACGCGAUUCCAUGCGUAAUGUUAUACCCGGACAACAAGGAGAGCUCAUUGUUCGCUUGGAGGAUGCCACAAUAUUCUCCGUAACGGCGUACAAGGGAAAUGUGAAUCUGAGCUACGCUUGUGCCAUGAUGAAGAACAUAUCGCUCGAUCAUUGCGGUUUGACGACGAGCCCGUCGCAGACACCACCGUUGAGAUGUAUCAAUAGCGUUACCCCGCGACAUUGCGAGAGGACAAUAUAUCGCAGCGGACCUGGCAGUAGCAUGGCAGCGAAUUCCAACGACAAGGAUAUGAUGACAAUCGCGGUGAGGAUACAAGCAGCUCAUCAAACGCACCGUAUAAAGACGUUUCGUGUCGCGAUAAGUAUCAGCAAUGCCACAUUGAGACAUCGAAUGUGCAGCAACGCCACUACGUGGUUCACAGAGUUCUUAGACUGUUUAGAUGUGGCGGAUCAUCCGGUCGCGGGUUACACACCGCCGGGUGUUUUAACCGAGCUGCAUUUGCAUCUUUGGGAUUGCGCGAUCGACUACAGGCCACUUCAUCUACCGUUGAGAUCUAUCGUGACUCUCGGCAAUUUCAGCGUAUCGAGCAAUAUCACAGCGCAGACUAACACAUCGACAUUGCGCUUCAUCGCGGAAGACGUCGCGCUCUUUAUAUCGGACAGAUUAAUGCGCGAAAAAUCAGUGGAUAUCAGGCGAGAUUACGUGUGCGUGAUGAAUUUUGGUCUGUUUGAAUUGUCGCUGCGCCUGAACGAGAGGAUGUAUGGUGGCGCGCCGCGAGUUGAUCUCCGGGCGAGCAACAAUGUGUUACAUAUACGUACGUGCUCGGAUUCUGGUCGCGCUCUCAUGCAAUUGCUCACGUAUGUUGCCAAUGAUGGCGAUCUGCUGCAGCAGCAGCAACAGCAGCAGCAGCAGCAGCAGCCGAGCAACAGCACGACUAGCCGCGGCAGCACCGAGAACAUACCUACAACUGUGCCACCGGCAUCCACGACGGGCGAGGAAAAUCUUUUAGGUGUCGAAAGUAUCAACACUCUAAGCAGGAGUCAGGUUGAGCGUGUCUAUAGUCUGAUGGAGGACGCGUUGGAAGAGACUGUGAAGGGAACGACGAUAACGACUCAAAACGGGACUGAAAACGGGAAGACACCGAUGACGGAGAAUCGAGUUGAAUUCUUUUUCCCCGAUGAGUCGUGCGCUUUGCAUGCUAUAGAAACACGAACAAAGGUUUCGCAAGAAUGUGGUAAAACAAUCGUGUGCGGCGUAAACGACGAGGACGACGAUGACGACGAAUUUUGUAUCUUAGGAGAAGAGGCCGGUGCAGGAAUAAUACCGCGCUACGGAGUACCUGAGGUUCGGUCGUUGUGCCAAGAACCAUUGAGGAUAGUGGAUAAUCAUUUUUCCGUGCCGGUCGGAAAAACCGAUCUGUUACAAACUCCGCCAAAUUAUCCUGCACCAGUCCUGAAGUAUACUCUCUGCGAGAUGACUCUGAUAUGGCACAUGUACGGCGGUAAUGAUUUUGAUAGCUCCCAACCACAGUGCUCCGCGAAACACGUGACCAUCAACGACAACGUUCGCAAUAAUAUCGUGCAUGGAAGGAGUAGAUCCGCUAUAGGUGCAGUAGGCUUCAACAAAUCUAGUCCGAAUGAAAUACACUUUGGCAGCGUGCCGAAUUCGCCGCGCACAACGAGAAGCAACGAAUCAUUGGUUGAUUGGCAUACGCUAGGUGGGUCGGGUCGACGGCACGACGUGCUGAUGGAAUUGCAAUUGAGCAAGGUUCGCUUCCAACACGAGGUUUAUCCUGAGAAUACCCGGGAAGCAUCCAGACAGGUGCUAUUGGUGCACGAGAUCGAAGUAAGGGAUAGACUGGCGUCAUCGCAUAUAAACAAAUUCCUUUAUCAGUACAGCAGCGAAGCGAGACCCAGGCAAUCUCACUCCAUUAUGUUUACAAUGAAGGCAGUUCACGUAAGGCCGGAUCCCAGAUUAAGUGCCCAAGAAUGUUGUUUGAAACUUAGUCUACUGCCACUGCGACUGAACAUAGACCAAGAUAGCCUACUGUUCUUAAUACAAUUUUUUAACGAACUAGGCGGUGGAUCGAAGCGAAGCCAAGAAAACUCUAGUACACCCAAUAGCUCGCAAUCCACCCCGGUAUCGAAACAAGGAACACCUACACAUCAUCCGCCCAUUAUGAGCGUGAAUGAUGAUGCAUUGAAGAAUGACACGAUGAUGAAUAUGUCGCAGAAUAAUAUCAUUGAUCAGAAUCUGUUGAUACUUUUGGAAGACGAGCUGACAUUCAGGGACAAUAAAACUAAAACAAAGGCUGUCCAUCAAGUCCACGACGAUAGUCAGCCGAUAUAUUUUAGAAGCGUGGUAUUCGGUCCGGAAGUUCUUAUCAGAUUGGAUUACCAUGGGAAACGUAUGGAUUUCACUCAUGGACCGUUGGCAGGUUUGCUAAUGGGUUUAGCAGAACUGAAUUGCUCUGAAUUAAGACUGAAAAGACUGUCGUACAGGCACGGAUUACUAGGAUAUGAUAAGCUUCUCACGUAUCUAGCUUCAGAAUGGUUGCAAGACAUCAAAAAGAAUCAACUUCCGAGUUUACUUGGCGGUGUAGGCCCGAUGCAUUCUGUGGUACAAUUGUUUCAAGGCAUACGUGAUCUAUUUUGGUUACCAAUCGAACAAUAUCAGAGAGAUGGAAGAAUUGUCCGUGGUUUACAGCGCGGGGCGAAUAGCUUUACAACGUGUACCGCGAUGGCUGCAUUAGAAUUGACAUGCAGAAUCGUGCAAGCGUUACAGACCACAGCUGAAACCGCAUAUGAUAUAGUUAGUCCCGGUCCCAGCGUGAGGUGCAAAAAUAAGGGGCAAAAGGGUCGUCGAAAGAGAUACAGUCAGCCACUUGACAUUCGAGAGGGAGUAGCUAACGCUUACACAUUGGUAAAAGAGGGUCUAGGCGAGACUGCGACUCAGUUGGUUCGGGUGGCGAGUGAGGAACACGAGCACAAGGGCACGGUCGGUGCGGUUGGUGGUGUACUGCGACAAAUUCCGCCGACGGUCGUAAAACCGAUCAUCCUGGCCACAGAGGCGACCAGCAACGUGUUGGGUGGCAUGCGAUCGUCGUUGGUGCCCGAUGCGCGCCGAGAGGCGGUACAGAAGUGGCGACAAAAUUCCGAUGCCAGUUAAUCCCGGGUUAUAAGAGGAAGACGGCUAAAUCGGAUCUCGUCAGUCAAUUUCGCUCAAAUAACGCUUUUUCUCGAUUGCGGCUCUUUUCUCAGGCGGGCCGAUUUACUUUUUAUUAUAACAUAUUCAUGACAUGUAUAACAAAAGAGAAUACUAGAUAAGAGUGCCAUACGUUUUUGCGUUGCGUCUGGCGACAUUGUGAUUAUAGCGACUUUAUUCUCGCUUGAUCUAUUUUGGGCCUCGAUGGAUCGACAUGCGAGGAAACAAUAGACCUAAAAUGUAAUUCAUUGAUGAAAGAGAUAGGAAAGAUGGGAGGAGUCGCCCCAUUGGGUCCUAACUACGUGUGCUAUACAAUGUUAACGUAGUGAUACCGGUUUAAUUGAUUUUCUUGUACAUUACAGAAAAAGAGGUGCAGUACACUUGGAAAAAGUUACAUCACUUAACUUGAAAUUGUCGCUAAUUUAUUACAAAAUGUACAUACAAAAAGAUGAAAAAAAAAGAAGAUGCGACUUGUUAUACUUAUAGAAUGUGAAAAUAGUUACGUUCUAUGAAGGAAUAUGUUACAGCGCUAUAUUCCUUCUACAUAUAUUUUUUGUUUUGAUCAUGUGAAUGUUUUAUACCAAUGAUAUAUGUAUCGGAGGAGAUUUUUAUUAAUAAAA